AAUUACACUACCUUAUCUUAGUAGUUUAUUGUGGGUGUUAGACAUGCCCUUUUAAAUGCUGGACAGGACAGUAAUAUCUCACACGGUCAUGCUGCUGGCUCUACUGCUGGUUCUGUGCCUUAGUUCUGGGGCCCAGUCUUCAGACCCGGCCCCAUUAACUGUCAUGUACCGAGUCUGGGAGGAGCAGCCUGUGGGCACCAGGGUCGGCCGUCUGGUCGAUGACCUGCGUCAGAGAGGCGAGGCAGGGGUACUGGAGGAUUUCCAGGUCGUGGAGCAUGGUCAAGCCCUGCCUUUCUCCAUCGGAGCAAGAGACGGAACUGUCUCCACCCUCGGCCAGCUGGACCGGGAAGAGCUGUGUCGAGGCUCGGACCUGUGUGAGCUGGCCUUCAGCGUCCUUUACAGGAAAGGUGGUGCUAUCCACUUCCUGAGGGUGCGGGUGGAGGUGAUGGACCUGAAUGACCACAGCCCCACCUUCCCCAGCAGCCAGCAGGAGGUGGAAAUCUCUGAGACGGCCACGUUGAGGAUGCGGAUCCCCCUGGACCGAGCGGUGGACCCGGAUGCCGGCCCCAAUGGCCUGCAGACCUACUCGCUGUCUGUCAACCAGCACUUUGCCCUGGAUGUAAGAAGCGCUGCAGAUGGGCCAAAGCAGGCAGAGCUGGUGGUGAUCAAGGAGCUGGACAGGGAGGUGCAGUCCUCCUUCGAGCUGACUCUGGUCGCCUGGGACAAGGGGAACCCUCCCAGGUCGGGCAGUGCUCUGGUCUGGGUAAACAUAUUGGACUCUAAUGAUAACAGCCCCAUGUUUGAGGACAGCACCCCCACCGUGGAACUAACCGAGGAUACAGCCCGUGGGACUAUCAUCAUCAACAUCAAGGCCACGGACCCUGACCAAGGGGCCAACGGGGAGGUUGAGUACUCUCUAAGCAAGCAUGCUCCACCUGAGGUGCAGAAGCUUUUCAGUGUCCACCCCCAGAGUGGGGCAGUGACUUUAAAAGGCCCACUGGACUAUGAAGCCAAACACUCUUAUGAGGUGGACAUCCAGGCUCGCGAUCUUGGGCCCAACGCCAUCCCCUCUCACUGUAAACUACACGUCAAGCUGAGGGAUGUCAAUGAUAAUGCACCAAGGAUCCACGUCACUUGGACGCCUCCUGAUUCCCUAGUGGCAACUGUUUUAGAGGGUGCACCAGAGGACACGUUCCUUGCACUGGUGAUGGUCUCUGAUGCAGACUCCGGGGACAACGGGAAUGUGCACGCCCACAUCCAGCACGGAUCAGGCCACUUCCGCGUCAAGAAAAUCCAUGGCGACAACUACAUGAUCGUAACCAAUGGCACCCUGGAUCGGGAAAAGGUCAUGGAGUAUAAUCUCACAUUACUUGCCCAGGACUACGGUGACCCUCCAUUGUCAUGUGUUAGACACCUAGUUGUCCAUGUGUUGGAUGAGAAUGACAAUGCCCCUGUGUUCUCCAAGUCCCACUACAGGGCUUCCUUCAAGGAGAACAAUACUGUGGGCCUCCAGGUCCUCAAGGUAGAGGCCAAUGAUGUAGACAUUGAGCUCAGCGGCAGGGUGUCCUUCUCCAUCCGAGAGUCCAAUGAACUGGGAACUCCCACGGCAUCUUUCGCCAUCCACCCCACCAGUGGCGUAGUCAGCGCCCAGCAGUCAUUGGACUACGAGGAGUCGCCCACCUACUCCUUCAUCGUGGAGGCCAUAGACCAUGGGCAUCCACCCCUCACCAGCACCGCCACGGUACUCAUCGAGAUCCAGGAUGUCAACGACAACUACCCCGUCAUCAAGGAGCCGAUGCCAAAGAAAGGCAUAGCCUUUUUGAGUGUCCUGGUCAACGAAGAGAAGGGGGAGAUAGUGACAGAACUAGGGGAUGGUGCUGAAGAAGGCUCCACCUAUCCUCAGACUGAUCGCUCUGUCCAAAAUGGAUUUACGGGAUUCCUGGCCACUACCAUCAAGGCAAAUGAUCCAGACUCUGGCCUGAAUGGAAGACUCAGCUACAUGAUCACAGAUGGAAACCCCACUGGACUAUUCAGACUCAACGACACCACCGGACAACUGUAUGUUAACACAACCAAUGCUACAGAGCUCAUUGGGAAAACGUUCAAAGUGGAUAUCGCUGUAUCGGACAAGGGUUCUCCAAGGUUAGUGACAAAGGCCACCUUGGAGGUGGCUUUCAUCAACUUGCGGGACCAUCUGAAGAACUCUGCCCCUGGUAACCGUGGCCAGCUGAGUUACACCAUGAUGGUGGCCAUCUGCCUUGGGGCCAGCUGCAUCCUGCUUCUCCUGGCCGUUGCCCUGGUGACCACCUUCUGUCGCCCCACGAAACGAGACAACCAUUCCUACAACUGCAGGACGGCCGAGUCCACCUACACGCGCCACCCUCGCCGCCCGCAGAAGAACAUCAGGAAGACCGACAUCCAGCUGGUGCCAGUCCUGAGGGGACGAAGGGAGAACCCUCCAGAAGAUGAGGAUGAAGCCAAGCCCCUCUCCCCUAUGCUCCUGGUGGUUGAAGAGCAACACACCGUAAGGCAGUACAGCAACUCCAUGAACCCAACAGUCCGCUCCCAGGUCUACCCAGAGGGGGGAUCAACGCUACCAGUCACCCAUUCCAGAACACUCAGGAAACCCGGGAGCAUCGAGCUGGAUGGCACUCUUUCUCGGACCCCGGCCACUCCUUACCGAACCCUGCGUAAGGCAAGAAACCCUUCAUCGUCCUCUUCACUGUAUCAGACCAGUACCCUGAGGCGGCAUGGGAAUUCUGAGAUCCAGGUUAGCCCUGACGUUGAAGAGCCAGAACCAUCAUCCCCAGUGUCCCUGGUGGCAACACUUAGAAGGCCCAAGAACACAGAUACCAGAGGGGGACUUGACGCUGAAGACCACAGAUGGAUGCUGAGGAACCUGGUCCGUCUCUCCAUGGCUGCCUUCGGAGAGAACUCCAUUGAGCUGUCCGCUGCCUCUCCCGAAGUGCAGGUAAUAAACCUUUUAGUUAUAAUUACUUCAAACAUGAAUGCACAUUUGGUAUAUCUUAUGCAAUGCAUUCCAUUGGUUUUCAUCAUUCUCAUGUUAGAUGAUACCCUAUAUCCAUUUAACGAAUAACAGACAGGAAACACUUUUUUUCUCAGACUUUUGUAUUAUAAAUAAGCCUUAUUUUUUCACAUGCUCUCACUUAAAUAAUUAAGCAAUUAAGUGUAACCUACAGGAAUUGAGAUACAUUUAAAUUGAAGGUCCUGAGAGCAGAUAUUUUCCCCCCUCUGGUGUAUGGCUUACAUAGGAAGCCUGAGGGGACAACUAACAGAUGAUGCUGGAGCCAAAGCAUUGCGCUUAUUCAGGUGCUCAUGUGUCAGCCACUGUAAUCCUGUCUACUCCCAUGCCCCCCGAGCAAUCGCACCAAUCCUUUUACACAAUAUCGCAUAACAGACUCAUAUAGAGAAGGAAAAAUGCCAGGAAGAAUCAGUAGACCACUCUUAUUCUCUAAGGGGGAAGCCCAGCCAAAGUAAGCUCUGAUAUGUCUGUAGUGUAAGGUAAUACUGCUUUGACAUGUAAGGACUGUGAGCCGUCAGUGACAAAUGGUCCAAAUCGCUAUUGUUGAGCUCACUUUAAGCAAAGAAAAACAGCAACUGUAAAGGUCUACUCAAGAAGUGCUGUGCUAGUCAAACGACACAUCCUCAUUGAGGGGGAGUAGACGCAGACGGCGAUGCCAACGCCCAAUGGUCUUAGAACAAAGAGUCUGGCAAGGUUUUAAGGCCUCACGUAAAUGCCACUAUAAGAGCAGAAAGAUGCCUGAGUGUUGACCCACCUCUACUUCACCUCCGCCUGCUCGCCCCAGUUGGAGGUUUUCAGACUGUUCCUUCCCCUCCUCCUCCACAUGACCAUAUUUCAGAGGUUCAUCCUGGAAGGAAACAGGUCAGAGAAUAAUAGCCCUUUACGUAGAAGCGCUUUCCUGUCCACCCUCUGCCCUCUGAGUCCAACACACACACACACACACACACACACACACACACAUACACACACACACACACACACACACACACACACAAACCUCCCUCUCUACACCUCACAAAUACUGUUUCCUCUCUAAAUGUGGAGGCCAGAGUUAGCAGCACAUCCACUUCCAUAAGAAAGAUAUCAGCACAAACUGCUACAAUUGACCUCCUCAAUGUUAGGGAUUGCCAUAGUGAGAGAGACAGGUUGAAUAGAUUCUCACAGAACAAUAAUAUUGAUUCAUUUGACGAUUGACACCUCCACCCAACACACUCAACAGCCUCAAUACACCACACUCUUGAAACCCUAGUUUGUUAUUCUGACUUCUGUGUUAUAAUAUCACUGUCUCCUAACCCCUUUCAUCAUCUCCUGCCUCCUUACAGCAGAUUUCCCAGCUCCUCUCCCUGCUCCACCAGGGCCAGCUACAGCCAAGACCAAACUUCCGAGGCAACAAGUACUCCCAGCGCGCUGGCAGGUGAACACAUAUCCUCUUUCUUCUUUUUUCCCUUUUUCUUUUCAUUAUCCCUCCUUUGUUUCAGAGCCAGUUGGCUGUUGAUCACUACAACCACUACAUGCAUCAUUGGUUUUAGAUGUUAUUAAUGCCUUAGGAUCCAAUAACAGGCUACAUGACAAUCUGACUUUCAUUUUGUAUCUUUUCACUAAAUGUAACUUGUCAAAAACAUAGAUUUACAUACAUAUGCAUUUUUUAUUUAUCCCUUAUUUGUAUAAGUGAUCCCACUGAGAUUUUAAAGCAAUUUUUCAAAGGAGACCUGCCCGAAGACACACAAUGAAUACAAGCGCCCUAUGAAUAAUUAUUGUUUCAAAUCUUCCUACACACUGGGCACAGACAUCAGUUCAAAAUCUAGUUUUGAUUUACAUUUGGUUGAGUUGUCAACUAACAUAAAUUCAAAGUGAAAUCGACAACAAAAAAACGUACAUUGAUGACUUUUACAAAAUCCAAUCAGCUUUCCACGUUGAGUCAACGUCCUCACAUUGAAUCUUGUUGUUGAAAUGACAAGGAAACAACGAUGAUUCAACAAGUUUGUGCCCAGUAGGUACUGGGUAGUAAUAUAGCUAGACAAUGGAGCUCAGGUAUGUGUCUGCCCUCAGUCUGCCCAGUAACAGGAAGAGUGCUUCAUACCAUAAGUGCUCUGCCAGUCAUCCAGGCAGUCUCUGUGGCAGGGAGCACGUCAGAGCAGGACUCAGUGCCUACCACACUGCCCUGACUCAUGCCCUACGGCAGGAACCAGCACAUCCACUGACCACAAUGUUAUCUUCUAUACACAGUAUGACUUGAGGGGUUUAUAUCUGGUUCAACCUCUUUGCUUACAUGAAGAAUGAAGACUCUGUCAUUAUAUUUUCUUUAACGGAGAUAAUCUUAAAACAAAGAUUUGUUUAGAGAACAAAAUAAUCAUGCAUUGUUAAAGGCACAAUGCAAAGACUAUUUUCCCCCCUCUACGUGGGGUGUCUGUUUUGUGUCAUGGCCGACUAUCUGGGAGGUUGACGGCCCCCCUGGUCUAUCUCACAAUUAUACAACGGGUGGGUCUAAUCCAGGAUGCUGAUUGGUCAAAACCGCAUUCCAGCUGGUGUCUAUUCUACAAGUUACCACCGGCCAAAGCUAUGACGUUGAAAUGCCUAUUUACUCUGUUCCAUCUCACUGUGCAAUCCACUGUCUCAUCAGCCCAGCCAGGCAAUUUAAAACUUGUUCUCCACCAUAAAAAGCAUCUAGACGUUAUUUCCCAUUUAUUUUAGAUUAGCAUUUGGUUUUCAACAGCGGAGAUUUGUAUAAGCCUUGCUGUCUCUGUCUCCGACAUUUGCAACAUUGUUUCAAUAUUGAAAUUCGAUCUCCAGCUGUCCCAUAGUAAGGAACGUCUUGGGACAAGACAGACAGGCAGACAGCUUUUCUCAGACAGUCGAAAUCAUUAAUCAGCUGGCAUCAUUUUUAUGAAUAUAUACAAAGAAAUGUCAAUAGAAAACAGGUAAAACUAAAUUAAAUGCAGCUAGUUUGCCGGUCUUUCCAAAUUCAGUUUGAAGUGGUUGUAUUAUUAUUAAGCUGGCCUUGCUGCUAUUCCAGUUUCAACUGUUCUGCCUGCGGUUAUGGAACCCCUACCUGUCCCAGACCUGCUGUUUUCAACUCUUAAUGAUCGGCUAUGAAAAGCCAACUGAGAUUUAUUCCUGAUUAUUAUUUGACCAUGCUUGUCACUUAUGAACAUUUUUGAACAUCUUGGCAUGGUUCUGUUAUAAUCUCCACCCGGCACAGCCAGAAGAGGACUGGCCACCCCUCAUAGCCUGGUUCCUCUCUAGGUUUCUUCCUAGGUUUUCGCCUUUCUAGGGAGUUUUUCCUAGCCACCGGGCUUCUACACCUGCAUUACUAGCUGUUUGGGGUUUUAGGCUGGGUUUCUGUACAGCACUUCGAGAUAUUAGCUGAUGUAAGAAGGGCUAUAUAAAAUAAAAUUGAUUGAAAUUGAUAUUAGCUGUGUUGUUGGCUAGCUCCUCUGAACAACAGUGUCCUUACGGGAGAGCACAUUUUCGAUGCCAGGCGAAAUCGCGCAUCAUUAGCUCAUUGUUAUGGAUGUAUCCAAAUAAAUGUCACUAGAAAACAGCUUAAACAAAUGUAAAUGCAGCUACAUUGCUGUUAUUCUGGCUGCACCGUUUGAUGUGACUGUAAGUUAGCCAUAGUUGGCUAGCUAGCAAGCAAGGGAUAAGAACGUUGCCAGCCAGUAUGGCAAUGGAACAUUUAGAACGAACGACUGGAUCACAUCCAUAGAUACAGAACAAAAAGACUGAAUGACUGGGUCGUAUCUCUGGCAACCGAACCGAUAGAACGAAUGACCAGCCGGCUUGGGUAGCAACCCUAGAUUUGUGUCGGGACUAUAGUAUGAAUAAAUUCAUAAAAAUAAAGUUUUUUAUGAAAACAUGUCAAUCAUUAUUUGAAUAUGUUGGUAACCCAUUGUAUUAAAGUGAUAAUGCCCUCGAAGCCGGUGUUUGGAGGAUAGAUUGGCACAGUUUGCCGGCCCUCGACUUCAUCUCUUUGAUAAAUCCCCCUCAAAAUAAUGUUUUUAAAGUGCCAAACACUGAAUGCAUUCUGCCAGAUGAUUGAUUGUCUAUUCAAACAAUUUAAAAGUAAAUAUUUUGUUUAUCGAUAGAUGACUGUGUUUCUAUCUCCUGCCUUGGUAUAGUCGCUGAGAUUAAAUAGGCUAUGAUGUCAUACUCCUAUUGCACAGCAAUACUGUAUAUUAUCCUACUCUACCCAUGGCCUACUGUCAAAUAUUUUAAAUAGGCUACCGGUCUGUUUACUUUUUAGCAUUCUUGGCUAUUGAAUGAGGGAUGGAUGAAUGGUAAUAUUUGUCGUAUAGUAGCGCGAAUUAACCGAUCAUGUCAGAAAAGGAGAGACUUGCUGCAAUAUGAUUAUGAUUUAUAGGCUAUAAUGAAAGAAACAUAUUAAGUUAUGUGCUGCUAUGUGAUCUCCUUACCAGUGGUAAAUGCAUCUGUUUCAGCAACACCUCAAUUUCCUCAAAAGAACAAUAUACACUGCUCAAAAAAAUAAAGGGAGCACUUAAACAACACAAUGUAACUCCAAGUCAAUCACACUGUCCACUUAGGAAGCAACACUGAUUGACAAUACAUUUCACAUGCUGUUGUGCAAAUGGAAUAGACAACAGGUGGAAAUUAUAGGCAAUUAGCAAGACACCCCCAAUAAAGGACUGGUUUUGCAGGUGGUGACCACUGACCACUUCUCAGUUCCUAUGCUUCCUGGCUGAUCUUUUGGUCACUUUUGAAUGCUGGCGGUGCUUUCACUCUAGUGGUAGCAUGAGACGGAGUCUACAACCCACACACGUGGCUCAGGUAGUGCAGCUCAUCCAGGAUGACACAUCAAUGCGAGCUGUGGCAAGAAGGUUUGCUGUGUCUGUCAGCGUAGUGUCCAGAGCAUGGAGGCGCUACCAGGAGACAGGCCAGUACAUCAGGAGACGUGGAGGAGGCCGUAGGAGGGCAACAACCCAGCAGCAGGACCGCUACCUCCGCCUUUGUGCAAGGAGGAGCAGGAGGAGCACUGCCAGAGCCCUGCCAAAUGACCUCCAGCAGGCCACAAAUGUGCAUGUGUCUGCUCAAACGGUCAGAAACAGACUCCACGAGGGUGGUAUGAGGGCCCGACGUCCACAGGUGGGGGUUGUGCUUACAGCCCAACACCGUGCAGGACGUUUGGCAUUUGCCAGAGAACACCAAGAUUGGCAAAUUCGCCACUGGCGCCCUGUGCUCUUCACAGAUGAAAGCAGGUUUACACUGAGCACAUGUGACAGACUUGACAGAGUCUGGAGACGCCGUGGAGAACGUUCUGCUACCUGCAACAUCCUCCAGCAUGACCGGUUUGGCGGUGGGUCAGUCAUGGUGUGGGGUGGCAUUUCUUUGGGGGGCCGCACAGCCCUCCAUGUGCUCGCCAGAGGUAGCCUGACUGCCAUUAGGUACCGAGAUCCUCAGACCCCUUGUGAGACCAUAUGCUGGUGCGGUUGGCCCUGGGUUCCUCCUAAUGCAAGACAAUGCUAGACUUCAUGUGGCUGGAGUGUGUCAGCAGAUCCUGCAAGAGGAAGGCAUUGAUGCUAUGGACUGGCCCGCCCGUUCCCCAGACCUGAAUCCAAUUGAGCACGUCUGGGACAUCAUGUCUCGCUCCAUCCACCAACGCCACAUUGCACCACAGACUGUCCAGGAGUUGACGGAUGCUUUAGUCCAGGUCUGGGAGGAGAUCCCUCAGGAGACCAUCCGCCACCUCAUCAGGAGCAUGCCCAGGCGUUGUAGGGAGGUCAUACAGGCACGUGGAGGCCACACACUCUACUGAGCCUCAUUUUGACUUGUUUUAAGGACAUUACAUCAAAGUUGGAUCAGCCUGUAGUGUGGUUUUCCACUUUAAUUUUGAGGGUGACUCCAAAUCCAGACCUCCAUGGGUUGAUACAUUUGAUUUCCAUUGAUAACUUUUGUGUGAUUUUGUUGUCAGCACAUUCAACUAUGUAAAGAAAAAAGUAUUUAAUAAGAGUAUUUCAUUCAUUUAGAUCAAGGAUGUGUUAUUUUAGUGUUCCCUUUGUUUUUUUGAGCAGUGUACUUGCAAUACAAUUCUUUAACCACUAGAAGCUGUGCGUACGCAUGGUCUGAGCUGUGUGUAGAGAUACACACACUUUCCCGUCAGGUUCAAAAUGGAUAAAUACCAAUCUUUGAGGGAAAACUGACGCACGCAAUGUUUAGAAUUUUUUGUGAGUACGCACCUUUGAUAAAGAGGCCCCAGGUCUGUCUGGCCUCUAACUGGAUCUGAUAAAGUCUCUGACUGGGAGCAUGUUCUGUCAUCAGUCUAUACCUCGAGUCUCUGGUAUUUUAUCACCAAACUUUAAAACCCCCAGAAGUAUAUCAAGUAGGAGGCGAAGAUUAGCGUUGCACAAGACCUCUUAGCAUGGCUUAGAGCAUCUCAGCACAGUUAAAUACCACUUAGCACACCUUUGUCUGGCUCAAUGCACCUCAGCACUUCAGGGUGUAGCCUAGGUACCGGAGUUGGAAGCUAUUAAACUGAGCUCAGGUCAGCACAUUCCAGAACAGCUUGAUUCUUGGGAACAAUUGAAUAUGACAACAUGAGUCAUAGUGAAGGUUCCACAAGAUGGCUGACUAUCGACCAAUAUCACUCCAAAAUGUCGGUUCUAAAAUGUCCUCCCUCACUGUCCCUGACGCUCCCCUGUCUGUUUCCUCCGCUUCCCUGAAGGUCUUACGCUCAGGACACUGAUUGGCAAAGCACCAAGGACAGCGGCCAUGGCGAAAGUGAGGCCGGAGACAUGGACUGGGACACGGGCCGAGACUCCCCCGUCGACCCGCUGCUGGAGGAGGGGCUUAAUAACCUGCUCAACAACCCUGGUAAGAACAUUUUUAAUAUAACGUUUUUUUAACCAGGUUGUCCAAUUGACAACAGACUACCCUUUCACCCCUAGAUAGAAAUUAUACUAUUUUAUAGUCAACAAACAACAAUAGAUGGGGAAAACAUUUUAAUGGUCAACAGUAACAAAGAAAACACUUUUAUUUGCAUUUUUAGCUCUCUGUGGGGCUUCUACCACUUACUUAUGUUCUUAAAAUUCAUAGCAAACUUAAGUGACUAACAAUAUAAGUUGAGCAUGGGUUUUUUCACUCAGCCGUAAAGAUACACAUUGAGAUAUAUGUGAAAUAGUUUGAAUUGAAACAAUAAUGAGUGCAGCGCAUAGUAUGGUUAACCACACUAAUACAUAUGUUCACAUUCUAUAUAUUCCAACCUACACUGAGUGUACGAAACAUUAGGAACACCUGCUCUUUCCAUGACAUAGACUGACCAGGGGAAUCCAUGUGAAAGCUAUGAUCCCUUAUUGAUAUAAAUCCAAUUCAAUCAGUGUAGAUGACGAGGAGGAGACAGGUUAAAGAAGGAUUUUCAAGCCUUGAGACAAUUGAGACAUGCGUGAAUGGGCAAGACAAAAUAUUGAAGUGAACGGGGUAUGUUAGUAUGUGCCAAGUUUUUCACGCUCAACAGUUUACCGUGUGUAUCAAGAAUGGUCCACCACCCAAAGGUCAUCAAGCCAACUUGACACAACUGUGGGAAGCACUGGAGUCAACAUGGGCCAGCAUCCCUGUGGAAUGCUUUCGACACCUUGUAGAGUCCCAUGCCCCGACAAAUUGAGGCUGUUCUGAGGGCAAAAGGGGGUGCAACUAAAUAUUAGGAAGGGGUUCCUAAUGUUUGGUAUACUCAGUGUAUGUACAUAGUAAACAUAUGUAUUGAGUUCCUUCCAAUUGUUCAGGUCAUCGUCACAUCGGCUCUGUCUUUGUUCUUUUCAAGACACGGCACAUAGUCUCUCUCUCUUAAGACUUCUGAAUACGAGGAUUUCUAUCUUGAGUGAGAGCCAUUUAAAGUCUAUGCCGGUACAGUAAUCUCCUACAGCGGUGUUACAAAGACCUGCGUGUGUGUUUGUGUGUGUGUCAUGCUUGAGUCACCCAUGCCCAAAGGGGUCCUCCAUUAGCGUUGUAACUCACACUAGAUUUGUGAGACACACGAACGGUGAGAAGCUCAUGCUCUUUGAGGAAUCAUGACAUUGUUUAAACAUUGUUUCUGAUUCCCUGGGCAACACAUUUCUUUAUUUUCACCUGGAGAGCCCCAUAUUUUAAGCUGUAUAGAACAACCCCGACACACACACAGUCACCACCACCCACUCUGCCCUGAGGCAGUGUUUCAGAGAGAUCUGAACAGAUAGCCUUGAAUCUGACCUCUGAUAUCAUGUUCCACAUCUGUCUUUCGUCCUGAUCGACACAAUGCAAAGGUGUGUGUGUGUAUGUGUGUGUAGAUCAGUGUGUUUUCAGCACCCCUUCUUCAGAAUGUGGCUUCACAAUCUCUCCUUGAGCUCUGCUAUUUUCUUUUGAGUCUGCAUUCCUUUGUUUGGUAGCCAUAUCACCCAUUAAAGGGACAAUUCACUCGAAAAUCAAAGUUUAAUCAAAGUCUUAGAGCUGAUAGAAGAUGAAUCACAUAUCACCAAUUGAAUUGUCAGUUUUCAGUCAACUGAUGAUUUAUUCAAUAUUUACCAUUAUGACUGUUAUCAAAGUUGAGCUCUGACUUUAAUCAGGUCUGUGGAUCUAACGCUUAGCGGUAUGCUUUAAACUGCUUCAAUAUUUGCUGGUGUUUGGUUGUGGUUGUAGUCAAUCAACCACAGCAGGGGUGUUCUUCACAUCAAACCUGUGUGUGUGGUGUGUCUAAGGGGGUUCUUUUGGUUCCAAUAAGAGGGUCAUUGUUUUCUGAGGAUUUAGGGUUUCCCUGCUGGUGGGUCCAGUCUAAUUAAGUUUGCAACGGGGGGGAGCCAUGGAUCAUGAGAGAUAAAGAGAAGAAGGCAGUGAGAGAGAGAGAUGAGGUGACGAGUGGGGGGUAGAGUGGGGGGUGAAGAGAAAGGGGGAUGAGGUGUAGAGUGGGGGGUGAAGAGAAAGGGGGAUAAGGUGUAGAGUGGGGGGUGAAGAGAAAGGGGGAUGAGGUGUAGAGUGGGGGGUGAAGAGAAAGGGGGAUAAGGUGUAGAGUGGGGGGUGAAGAGAAACGGGGAUGAGGUGUAGAGUGGGGGGUGAAGAGAAAGCUGGAUGACUUUUAGAGUGGGGAGUGUAGAGAAAGGGAGAGGGAUAUAAGGAGAGGCAGAGGAGUUUGCCACAUAAAAACAACAAGGAGUUAAGAGGAAAGGAGAAACACAGAGAGAGAGGGGAUGGAGGGAGAGAGAAACGGAGAUGGAGAGAGAGAGAUUUAAGCAAUAAGGCAUGAGAACCCGGGGAUUAUCUUGUGAUAACUCCCAACUAAGGGCUGUUUUUAGACCUGAGGCGAAGCCAAGGACCAGGAAACAACCCUUAGGAGGGUUUAUCACACGACAAUUCCCAGGUUCGAAGGCCUUAUUGCUUUUAUAAAACAGUUGCUAACAUAUUUAACAACAUGUUUUUUUAUUAAAAAUGUUAUUUUAAUUAGUAAAUUAGCUUUAUUUCAUCCAUCCACCAGACGAUAUAGUCUGGACAAAAGCCAGUUCUGAUGUUCUGAAGUUGCUAACCAACAGGCUGGACGUUAAUUAUGUUCUCAUGUUUUGACCCAGUCGUUCAUUCUAUUCAUCCCACGUUUCUAUGCUAAACAAAUCAUUGGCAUGUAGCUAGCUAGCUAGCUAGGUAGCAGAGGUUCAAUGAUUACAAGAGCGAGGAGAACUUAAAUGUAGUAAAUAAUUUAUAAAUAGGCAACAACCAGCUGAUGGUCGAGUCAAUAAGAUAGUUAGGGAGGAUAGCUAGGCUAACGUUACUUCUCCUUUGCUAACUAACUAGCCAAAUGCAGCUAACACACAAUCACAUCAAGCAGCUGAAAUGACAGCAAAAUGUGCAUUUUCAUUUGUUUGACCUUCGUUUCUAUAUCCAUUAUAAUGAUCCUAAUAAAUGAAUUUGUCUCAUCACGUUCAUAUGGAGAUCGCAAAAAAACCUGCAACAUGUUGCACAGGUUGGAUAGGCACACAGCGAGGCUUAUAUGAACCCCCUCUGUACCAAACCAAAUGCUAGGCUAGUAGCAUGGGGAAAUAUUGUCAAGGAGCUUUUUUCCAGGGGAGAUUAAGCUUAUAAAUUGACUGUCUGGGCUGUGGGACAGUGGAUGCACAUUGAUACAUCUAAUCGAACAGUUAACAGGCAUUACCCGUGGAAUGUGGAAUUGUGGUGCUAUAACUCCCUGCUAUCAAUCAGCAUCCAGGAUCCAAACAACAGGAUCCAUCCCGUUUUAUAAAAUGAGAUGCAGAUGGGGGACGGAACGGGGCUGAGGCGUUUGCAGAGAAAGGGGCCAGAUAAGGAAGCAGCAUUUUUAAAAAACGGAUGUGAUUGAACCCAGGCAGGUAGCUUGUGAGUUAACCUCUCUCUCUGAUGAGGCUUGCUGUGAGUUUGAUUGAUCACUGCCUCCCCAGCCUCUGUGUCAAAGUCAAGCAGACGUAACAGACCGUUAAAAAAGGGACAGCCUGCCCCCAUUAGUUUCUGACAGUGUUUUAUAUGUACGCUAGCCCUGUUAGCAACGCUCUCUUCUGAGGUCUCCGGGAGACGACAGACAUGAAAGAUAGCCUUAGAAGUAAUGGUGGUCGACUGAGUCAGCGCAACUUCAUUAGAUGACCUUUGCAUGUGGUUCAAACCCCCACAUAUAUGGAGCUCACUCUCUUUCAUUCAAAACAAAUAUCUCACAUCAGAGGCUUUGAACAUUCCAAACAAAUACAGCGGAGGAAAACUAUCUUACAGGGAUUAGGGGGCGAAACAUGAUGCGUUUGAACAUCAUGUGGGAUUUGUGUUGGUUACUUUUCACUGAUGUGUAGUGUAAAAACAGUGGUAUAAGGACUUGUUUUGUUUAUGGAUUGAGAUUUAAGUCGAGGGCUGUCAGUGUCACGCAGUGUGUGUGUGUGGUGGGGGGGGGGUAUGAGAGUGUGUGUGUGUGUUUGAAAGAGGGAAUGAGAGUGUCUAUGUGGUGUGUCAGAGAGGGAAUGAGGGUUUGUGUGUGGUGUGUCAGAGAGGGAAUGAGGGUGUGUGUGUGUCUGGGGUAUGUUCUGGGGUCGUUCAGUGACUGCUCUGUAAGUUUGUGUGUUAGAGCAGUGGUUCCCAACCUUUUUUGGUUACCGUACCACCAACUGAAUUUUGCUCUGCCUGGAGUACACCUGAAGUAUCCCCUCAUGUGCAUUUUACCAGUAACCCUAUGGACUCAUGAGUCUUUUCAACUACCCUCUGUGGAUAGGCCAAGUACCCCCAGGGAUUCUAGUACCCCUGGUUGGGAACCACUUAGUUAGAGUGUGUGCGUAUCCGGGUCUGGUUGUGAUUAGCUGUAAAGGACCACAGGGCAAGUGUAACAUGCAGGAUAUGAACCCGGGUCUCCCACGGGAGCAACCAACGUCUUAGACCAAGAGGGAAUUUUCUCUUGGUCUGAAGGGCAGACACUGGUUUUUGAAGUUUGCAGGCAGGGCUACAUCACGUGACUAUGAGCAUCCAUGCCCGACUCAAGGUCAGCUACAUUCACCCCCCUUUGACCUCCUCCCCCAAGAGAGACCGCCCCACGUUGGCCACCAAUGUAACACGGGGAUAUGAAUCUGGGUCUCCCACGGGAGCAAUCAACGUCUUAGACCAAGAGGAAAUUGACACUGGAUGCGGUCCAAACACGUUAUUUUUACCCCCUCAGCCCUUGCGCUAGCCACUUUCCCUCAGAGGAAUCCCCGGCGAAGUGGAGGUCCAAUUCACAAACGUUGUCCCCUCGGCCCUCGAUUUAGCUUGAGGGAGCGAGUGAAGAACUUUGGUCACUUGCGGGGUUGAUGUGACCCACAAUUCACUGCAACUGUAGUCAAACUCUGGUGGCCGCGAAGUGUGGAAUUUAAUCAACAAGGCUGCAUUUUCGGUAAGUCCGAAAAAAAUCUGAAGCUAGCUUGCUAAAAAAUAUAUAUAGACAACAUUAAUUUUAGCAUUGGCAAAUUGGCUUAGUCUCGUAGUGAGGAGCCUAUAAAACGUAGCUAGAUUCAUAAGCAUAUUUUUUGGAAUUCUGAAUUUUAUUGGAAUAAAUGACCAAACUAUAAAACUAGCUAGCCAGCUAUGGGUAACUGUAGCUAGCUACCUGACAGGAGUGCUAGCUAGGUUAGUUUACUAGGUACAUUAACAGCUUUAGGUUGGUUGUUUUUAAGCUCAACUUCAAGAUUUCCACCAAGGAUGUUGCCUCACCGAUCAUCACUCUCCCUCGCUUGGCCAAGGGACAUUUAAGGUACACUCGGAUGUGACGAUGUAAAACGUAAUUCAAGGGCUGAGGGUUUAGGGCAGAGGAGCAUUUGACACAGUAGAGCAUCGGUUCCUCUUCUGCUCCCUUGAGAAAUGUGGCUUUGGGUUUUUUUUCUGGAAGGCUCGUAAGACACUACACAAAUGGUAACAGCUCUAUCAAACUGAAACAUGGCACCUCACCUAGAUUUGAGUUAAAGAGAGGUAUUAGGCAAGGUUGACCAAUCUCACCAUAUCUGUUUUUUUAUGAAUCACCUUCCUACACAUUCUUGAAAUAAUAGUCCUGUACAAGGUAUUUCCAUGGCUGGUAAAUAAAUUAUUAUAAGCCAGCUGGCUGACGAUACUACACUUUUUAUGAAAGAGGCUAGUCAGAUUCCCAUAUUGAUCAAUGUGAUAGAAUCCUUUUCCAAAGCAUCUGAUCUAUGUCUUAACAUUAAUAAAUGUGAACUCAUGGCUGUCAAAGAUUGUGUGACACCCUCAUAUUAUGGUAUUCCAGUGAAAGAAGAACUUACAUAUUUAGGCAUUACCAUUACUAAGGAUCAGACGUCUAGAGGCUUACAACAUUUUAACCCUCUUAUUAAAAAACCGGAGAAGAAGCUAAACCAAUGGCUACAGCGGGACUUAUCUUUAAAAGGAAGAGGCCUAAUAACCAAGGCUGAGGGUAUCUCUAGACUAACAUAUGCUGCUCUAUCUUUAUAUCUUGAUGGUAAAUAAGCAAAGAGAUAGACCAGAUGCUUUUCAACUUUCUGUGGAGAAACCGUACCCAUUACAUUAGGAAAACUGUUGUAAUGAACACUUAUGAGUAUGGUGGGCUGAAUUUUCUGGACUUUACUACCUUAAAUAAUACUUUUAAGAUCAAUUGGAUAAAACAAUUCCUAAGAAGACCCACUUCUAUGUGGAACUUUAUUCCUCAUCAUGUCUUCUCUACUUUUGGUGGCCUUGACUUCAUGUUGGUUUGCAAUUAUAAUAUUGAGUUCCAGAGAAACUCUGCUUUUUAUCGGCAGGUUUUCUUGUCAUGUACCUUAAUUUAUAAGCAUAAUUUUUCUCCAGACAGAUAUUAUAUAUGGAAUAAUCGGGACAUAUUGUAUAAAAAUACUUACAGUGCAUACGGAAAGUAUUCAGACCCCUUGACUUUUUCCACAUUUUGUUACGUUACAGCCUUAUUCUAAAAUGGAUAAAAUAUUUUUUCCCCCCUCAUCAAGCUACACACAAUACCCCAUAAUGACGAAGCAAAACCAGGUUUUUAGAAAUGUUUGCAAAUUUAUAAAAUAUCACAUUUACAUAAGUAUUCAGACCCUUUACUCAGUAUUUUGUUGAAGCACCUUCGGCAGAGAUUACAGCCACGAGUCUUCUUGGGUAUGAUGCUACAAGCUUGGCACACCUGUAUUCGAGGAGUUUCUCCCAUUCUUCUCUGCAGAUCCUCUCAAGCUCUGUCAGGUUGGAUGGGGAACGUCGCUGCACAGCUAUUUUCUCUCCAGAGAUGUUCGAUCAGGUUCAAGUCCGGGCUCUGGCUGGGUCACUCAAGGACAUUCAGAGACUUGUCUCGAAGCCACUACUGCAUUGUAUUGGCUGUGUGCUUAAGGUCGUUGUCCUGUUGGAAGGUGAACGUUCGCCCCAGUCUGAGGUCCUGAGCGCUCUGGAGCAGGUUUUCAUCAAGGAUCUCUCUGUACUUUGCUCCGUUCAUCUUUCCCUCGAUCCUGACUAGUCUCCCAGUCCCUGCCACUGAAAAACAUCCCCAAGCAUAAUGCUGCCACCAUCAUCCUUCACCAUAGGUAUGGUGCCAGGUUUCCUCCAGACGUGGCGCUUGGCAUUCAGGCCAAAGAGUUCAAUCUUGGUUUCAUCAGACCAGAGAAUCUUGUUUCUCAUGGUCUGAGAAUCUUUAGAUGACUUUUGGCAAACUCCAAGCGAGCUGUCAUGCGCCUUUUACUGAGGAGCGGCUUCCGUUUGGCCACUCUACCAUAAAGGCCUGAUUGGUGGAGUGCUGCAGAGAUGGUUGUCCUUCUGGAAGGUUCUCCCAUCUCCACAGAGGAACUCUGGAGCUCCGUCAGUGUGACCAUCGGUUCUUAGUCACCUCCCUGACCAAGGCCCUUCUCCUCCGAUUGCUCAGUUUGGCCGGGCGGCUAGCUCUAAGAAUAGUCUUGGUGGUUCCAAACUUCUUCCGUUUAAGAAUGAUGGAGGCCACUGUAUUAUUGGGGACCUUCAAUGCUGCAGAAAUGUUUUGGUACCCUUCCCCAGAUCUGUGCCUCGACACAAUCCUGUCUCGGAGCUCUACGGACAAUUCGUUCCACCUCAUGGCUUGGUUUUUGCUCUGACAUGCACUGUCAACUGUGGAAAAAAAAAAAGGGUUUAGGGCCGAAGGCUGUCUACUUUGAGUUUGAAAUAUAGCCACUAGUUUUGAAGUUCGCAGCUGGGGCUACCUCAUCAUAUGACCAUUAGCAACUAUGCCCCACUCAUGUCCGCCCCACUCAUGUCCGCAACACAAGUGAUCAGCAGACACUUUUUCUAGGCCACGAGCCCAAUUAGAUUGAAGCGAGGAGAAUCAAGUUAGAGUUGGGGAGGCCAAAACAAGGAAGUCAUUCAUUAUGCACAAUUGGCCUGUGUAUAUCGUGGUUCACUUAUUGUAUUCAGCAGUGUAUUUUCAGUCCACUGGUGUUUUCUUCUUAAUUUAUUCCUGGUGUCGUCAUCUUUUAGCAUGUUGCUCGUGCUUUGCCAUUAAAAAAAUGAUCUCGAUACUCUACCCAUUUUGUUUCUGUCCGGUGAAUUGGUUGUACAUAGGACCCUUGAUUCGAUUUUUUUCAAUAUACUAUUUAAAUGUAAAUGAUACAUUACAUUCUCAUCAUACCAUACAGCAGGAGUCGGCACCAGGCGGCCAAAACCGCCCUUUGGGGAUUAAAUUUUUUGGUUAAAAAAAGACUAAAAUCACCAGGAAUUCAGCUAAAAAUGUGUUUAAUUUAGGAAAUCUGUUCCCAAGUAUUCCCACGAAUACAAAAAGAGAUAUGUGAUCGUGUCUCAAUGUAAUCAAGGUAUGAAGUUAUUGUCAUUUUCAAAUACAAUCUCUUUUUGGGCUUAGUUGUGGUCAAUUUGCAGUGUACAAAUUAUUAUAAUUAUGUUCCGGCCCACUGUCCAUCUGCUCUGACCCCCAAAAAAUCUAGUUGUCUACCCCUGCCAUACAGUUAUAUGAUAAUCAGGCGUGCACAUCCCCAUACAAAAAAAGUAUUCAAAAAUGCCUGGAAUUCCUAACUGUAGAGAAUGGAUUUUUACCUGUUUUGAGUGUGUACGUGCUCAUUUUAGCCUUGUUUAAACCUGGUGCUAACAUGGGUCCUUUGUCCUGAUCUUGUCUACAUUCUGAUGGUGCCCACAUUUCCAGAAAUAUGUCUACACAUGGAAUUAAAAUGUGUCUGUUAUCUGUCCACUAUGGCUGCAUUGUGACCAGAUUUCCUGGCCCCUUCCUUUAUGCAAAUCUUUCAUAGAUAUUCUUUCAAAAAUAAUGUUUAUUUAUUUAUUGUAAGACAUAUAUUGAUGUAAACAGUCAAUGGUGCCACCUGCCAAUGAUUUUAGAGGGAGGAAUAAUUAUGAUUGAAAUGGUUUCUCUGUCCAUAUUUCUACACUUGUAAGAUAUCAAGACACAAUGUGUGUCUGACUACCAGAGGUGGGCAGGAUGAUCUGAUCUCAAUCAGAUCACAAUGUGUCUUUUGAUUGUUUACACCUGUCUAAAGAUGUGGGCACAAUCAGAAUGUGGACAAAAUCUGGACAAAGGACGCAAGUUAGAAACAGGUAUAAACGGGCCUUAUGUGUAAAACCCCUUGACCACUUUAAUGCCGAUUUAUGGUCAUUCCGGCAUCUGCAUUGGCCAUACAGCAUUUACUGCGAUGCUCCUCUUCAUAAGUAAGGGCAUUCAUAUUUAUUGCACUUUUCAAGGAAGUAAAUGUGUUUAUACAUGAUGUACCGCCCCCACCUACCGUCAUCCAAUCAUGUCAAUGCGGAGCUAUACGGAGCCCACUGCAUUGUAAAAAAAUUGGGGAGGCGCAUUACGAUGUGGUAAGGAGCUUGAUUUGGCCUUUUGCGUCACACCCUCUGUACGGCGCCUCUGGACCGCAUAAAUCGGCUUUUACUUGAGUAUAACUCAGGAUACAGCCAGGAGAUGACAGGAAAUGCCGGUUCACAACAGCCAGAUAAAUAUACCCCUCCUGUGAUUUCCUCUAUCCUGUUUUCGUCCCACAGAGUGUUUUUCUCAAGGAAAUUGUUGUUCAGCAAGAUUAGACUUUUACCUCCAUAAGCUUAUUUUUAUUGACUUAUUUUUCAAAUCAUCAUCUUCGACAUGCCAGAUAAUCAUUCUCCCAUCUUCAGAUUUCAUGUAACGUUGUUUUCUCAUGAGGAAAUUCAUUUUCUUAGGGACAAACAACAAUAUUGACCAACAACAACAAAGAACACCCACAUGUUCCACCUGUGUCACAUCCAGCGCUGUAUCACUGUAGAGCUGUUGCUUUGUCCUAUGUAGUUAAACAACUGUAUUGCCAAUACUCCAUACUUUAUUGACAUGUUCUCAUCUCUCUCCUUGUCUCUUAUCAGAUGACGUCUUUGCUGACAUAGAGGACCCUGCGUGGAUGUCCCGCCUCUCCCUCCCCCUCACUGCCGACUACCACGAGAAUGUUUUUGUCCCCAAUGGGCCACCGUCCCCUGAAACCCAUUGCUCCCCAGACACCCUUGACUCUGCCUCCUUCUCCACCUUCGGUAAGACUCCAGAGGAUGGCUCACUGGGCGGGGCCUUGCUCUCCGAGGUCAACACCUUGUUUAAUAUGCUCCUGACCCAGAAGGGCGACUCCAAGCCCCGGCCCUCGCCAGACGUGCUCUACAGACUGUCCGCCGCCUACCGGCGUUCGCUGGGGCUGGAAGGAGAUGCCGCCGCAGCAGGGGGCGCCAACAUGCCAAGGAACUCUGUGAACCCCGAAAAGAGGUCCCCCCUGGCUCAAUGCUCGGUCCAAUGCCCUUAGGCAUAACCCAUGGUAUGAGAACAGUUGCCUCAACUUCAUUUGAUUGGUU